AUGGACUUGAAUAUACCGAUUGGAACCAAGGUUCCGCUACCCUUUUCAUGGAAAAAGGCUGUUGAAGAUGAAAAUCCGCAAGCGGUGAGGUUUACAGAGUCGGAGCUUAUUUUACCCGAUCAGAACACAAAGAAUACCGCUUUAGGAGAUGAAUGUUCACCCUCAAAUGUGUCUGCGCGGAAGAAAGCUUGUAAAAAUUGUACUUGUGGAUUAGCAGAGGAGAUUUCAUCCGAAAUUAGAAGCACACCUAGCGUUGAGGUUCCAAAGGGCGGAUGUGGAUCUUGCUAUCUUGGAGAUGCAUUUAGAUGUUCCUCUUGCCCUUACCUGGGGCUUCCAGCAUUUAGGCCUGGAGAGCAGGUUAAAUUGGACCUGUCCAACGAUUCCAUUUAA